AUGUUCAUCGCUUCCGGCGACUUCGAGAAGGCCAUCAUGCUGAUCGAGGAGCAUGACUGGCACGAUUUGUGCGGAAUCACCAGCCCGCUUACCGUAACCCAGAAAUGUGUGCACUGCUCGACACCUUACGUCUAUAGCUUCGCAACGUUAGAAGUCCUUCCCCUCGUCGAAUUCUUCGUCGAGCCGGGGGUCAGCUCCGGCGACGCGAAAUUCCACAUUCUGGCCGAGCCGCCGAUGGGCCAGCCCGACUACAGUCCGAUACAAGAGACGAAGCGCGGUUCUCCUGUGAUCUGCAGCCUAAAGCAACUGGAGAAGAUGGACAAGGGUCAUGUCGUAAUUUCCGAGCAGCGUGACCCGCUUCCAACGCGAUACUUCUUCAAUGUGAUGCCGACUUUGCGAUUGCGCAAUGUCCGAGCUGUUGUAAGCCUCUCAAUGCUGUCCAGUAUCAUCCUGUGCCUCAUCUUGGACGUGUCCACAGUCUAUGGUGGAGGUCUCGGAUUGUCACACUACUGUGAUCCCGUCGGGACCCAGACGACUACGAGCUACGGAUAUAUGAGCUGCUUGAGUGGACGGUUGCGGAAUGUCUCUUGCUCAACGUUCGAGAAGCCCGAAACCGUGGAGAAUCACUUCCGGUGUAUAGCACCCGGGCAAACGGAGGUUCAGAUCUGCUCGUGCUUCAUCGGUUAUUUCGGUCCAAGAUGUGAAUACCGGACGCGUCCUGUACUCCAGCGUGGUCCUCAACAACCCUCACAGGCCGACCAAGACGGGCGGUCUGGAUUCCCGACUCGACAGGGGUCACAAUCCCGCGAUUUUGGUGAUGAGGAGCGGGUCUGGUGGAAGGAUAUGCCAGUCUACAAAAUGCUGCUAUUCGCCCUCGACAUCAUCAUCUUCGUGAUCCUGAUUUCGUGCUGUCGCUGCGUCUUUGCCAAAUUCAGCCAGCGACGCCAAAUGAGGAGGGAAAUGGUGCUUAGACAAGAGGAGAAUCACGGUCGGGAAGCGCCGAGGUGGCCGCUGUGGUGGGUGAUGGACGAGCCGGGACCGGAAUACAGCGAACAACAAA